AUGCACUUAGCUGGGCUUCUUCUCUUAGGCCUCUGGACAGCUCUGGUGCGGUGCAAGCCCUACGAAGCUUUUGGGGCGGACAGUCAGUAUCUUCCGAUCGCCUCUGUUGGUUCCGACUUCUCCGUUCAGCUCUCAAACGACACCUUCAAGUCUACAGAAAAUGACGACGUUCAAAUACAAUACGAAGCUUUCGAUCUUCCCUCCUGGCUUCAAUUCGAUUCGGACUCUCGUGUUCUUUCUGGCACUCCUUCUAGUUCGGAUUUAAGUAAUGAAGACGACACUAGUCGUGUCUCGUACGUGUUACAGGGCACAGACCCAAACGACAAUCAAUCCAUCAACAAGACCUACCAUCUAGCUAUUACCAGAAACGAGCAGCUUUCUGUCUCUUCAGGCUUUAAUCUGCUAAGUUUAUUGAAAAACAGCGGAUACACCAACGGUAAAAACGCUUUAAAGUUGAAACCAGGGGAAGUUUUCAACGUAACGUUCGACAGGGACACGUUUGAUAACACAAACUCAUCCACCCAGUAUUAUGGUCGCUCCAAAUUGUACCAUGUCUCCCUACCACCGUGGGUGGCUUUUGAUCAAACGAACCUGAAAUUUAGCGGUGUUGCUCCUGUUGUCAAUUCAGAAAUUGCACCUGAAUUUUCAUACUCCUUCUCACUAAUCGCCACGGAUAUCGAAGGAUACACUGGCGCGGAAGUGGAUUUCGACUUAGUUAUCGGUGCUCACCAGUUCACUACUUCAAUCCAAAACACUUUGGCCGUUAAUGUCUCAAGUUCGGGAUCUUUCUCGUAUCCUUUGCCAAUGGCGUACGUUUAUCUUGACAAUGAGCCGGUAUCUACUUCCAAUAUUAGCUCUAUCGAUCUGUUAGACAACCCUGAUUGGGCUAACAUUUCUAACAACACUUUGAAGGGGACACUACCUGACGGGCAAGAUAGCCAGAAUCUGACGGUAGCCAUUUCUGAUACAUAUGGAGAUUCAGUAUAUCUCAACUUUUUGGUUGAGUCUACGCGUGAGUUAUUUGCAGUAUCAUCUCUUCCUAACGUUAAUGCAACACAAGGCGAGUGGUUCCAAACACAAUUUUUGCCAUCCCAAUUUACCGAUUAUGACAAUACAAAUGUGUCUCUGAAGUUUACCAACACCUCUCAAUCUACGUCUUGGCUGUCGUACCACAGUGCUAAUAUGACCCUAUCUGGCGAAGUACCGGACAAUUUUGAAGAUUUGACGGUUAAUGUGAUUGCCGCGCAAGGUUCUGAAUUGCAAGAACUCCCAUUCAAGAUGACAGCCGUACGUGCAAAACACAAAACUUCAUCUUCGUCAACUUCAUCGUCUCACUCUGCUACGUCAACCUCUUCGUCUGCAGCUAGCACGGGCUCUUCAUCCUCGAGCUCCACACCUUCGGCUACUCACCCCAUAUCAAAGGCAGCGUCCAAGCAAAACAAUCAUGCUGUUGCUAUAGCUUGUGGUGUGGCAAUUCCUCUCGUCGCCAUAAUUGCACUAAUUAUCUUGUUCCUACUUUUGUGGAGACGCAGAAAGAGUAAAUCGGGAGAAACCAGGGACAGCGAGAACCCUCCACAAAUAAGCAAUCCACAACUAGGAAACCCUGCUAACAAUCCUGCAUUCUAUGGGGCAGGUUCUCCUUUUGGUGAUGAAAACACAAUCGAUGACAAUUCGACAGCCAAAAGGCUAGCGGCUUUGAACGCAAUGAAAUUAGACGAACAAGCAGGCUCUGGUUCAGAAGUGUCAACAUUGGAAGAAAAAGCCGGAUAUGCCACUUCACAUUCAUCAAGCUCAGACCUCUAUCAUGACGCGCAGCAAGUAGGGAGCACUGAUGCGUUACUUGAAGAUAAUGAUCCCUAUUUUGAUUCCAAUAAACACACGUCGUCAGUAUAUCUAAACAGUGAGCCCACCAACCGGAAAUCAUGGAGGUUCUCCACUCUAGGGACUAACGCGAGAGAGAAUAUACGGGAAAGCUAUAAUUCACUGAAUACCGUGAGUACGGCUGAACUUUUCAACACCAACAUUACCAGCAACCAAACGCUACCAAAGGACCCUAGAAAAUCUUCUUUGGGUCUUCGAGAUUCGGUAUUUAUGGGAAUGGGUUCUGGCGGUACCAAGAAGGGUAACAUGCAUUCAAGCACGGGAAGUCCACGAAAGUCGUAUACUGGAUUGAGGAGUGAGUUGUCAGGCGAUCGUGUCCUCCCUAACUUAACUGAAUAUCCACACGACCAACACUCUAGUAAUUCGCGGGUCACUAGCAGCAGUUCAGACGAUCUCAUUCCCGUCAAACAAGGUGACAAUUAUCAGUGGGUCGAGCGAGACGGAUCCAGAGAUGCACUGCCCAAUAGAAAGAGAAGUAUAAAAAAGCUAGUGAAUCUGCCCAAUAAGAGUGGCGUCGGCGUCUGGGACGCCAAUGACAUCGAGGGACAGGUACCAGAAAUGGAAAUCUCCAUGGAUUCUAAUCUCUAG